CUAUGUCAGCAUUGCUCCGACGUCAUCGCUCCACGCUUCACUGAAAGCGGUCAAGUCUUGGAAGCACGAGCUCACUUUGGACUUGGCUUUGCUGCCUCGCUGUCGCCAUUCUUCGCCGCCAUCCACUCCGCGCCCCUCGCCUCUUGCCAUUCCCACCGCACCUAGUAACGUCUAUGGUGGCACCCGCACGUGCGCCGCCACUUUCCGCGGCGCGCUACGGUGGCAUCGCCAUGCGGCGCCGUGCCCCGCCGGUCUCACCGCAACGCGCGUCGUCCGUUCCGCCGCGGAUCCUCGCGCCCGCCGUCCCUCGCACCUUUCGUGCGCGCGGCGUCCCUCCCGCGGCGCUCAGCGCCAGGGGCGAGGAGCGCCGGCUGCACGCCGCCCGCGGUGGCGCGAGAGGUGCGUGCGGCGGCACGCGGUGCAGCGCGGGCGUGCCCGACUACCUGCCCGCCUCCUGGAAACGAGGCACGGACGAGAAGCCACUGGGGCCCAGGCUAGAGUUGAGUGCGGAGGAGGCGGUGCAGCAGCAGCUGUGGGCGCUGCAGUGCAACGACCACCCGUACCCCGACCACGGCGUGGAGGUCAUGUACCGCUUUGCAGGGUUUGACCCGUUUGAGCGCUCGCGGUACUUUGGCCCGAGAUUUGACUUGGGGCAGUUCGAGCGGUUUCGGCGUCUGUUCCACCACUCGCACUACCGCGUGCUGCUCUCCCACAAGCGCCAUCACCUCCUCUCCUCCUUCUACGUCUCCCCAGUGCGCAUGAAGCAGCGCGUGCAGGUGGAGGGGCUGCGCCCGGGCGAGCUGGAGACCUUCGAGUUCACGCUGGAGCAGCGCGAGGGCGGCAGCUGGGACGGGUACUGGUUCACGGAGAGCCUGGUGCACGACGGGGAGGGACUCACCGGGGGUGUUGCGUACUAGGGCUCGCACCAUGCUGGCAGCGCGCAUAGGUGCAGGGUGGCAGGGAGUAGGGGCUGCAUUGUGCUGGUUCUGUUGUGAGAAAGCAUGACUAUGCAAGACAAAAACAGUUAGGUUCAGGCCCUCAGAUUAGUUUUGGGAGGGCUGAUGACUCAGGGUCACCCCUGUGACAGGCCAUGGUUUUCAGGGUCGGGGUUGUUAAGACUAGAAAGAAUGGUUAGAAGAAGGGAGAACAAGGGGAGAUAUAGCGUUUGGGUUGUACCCAGUAAGAACAUACCCUAUCUAGCCUAAAACUUCUACAUAAC